AUGGGGUGCAAGGGGGAUGGGAUGUUCAAGAUGGGUACAGGGGACUCUAGGGGUGAGCUCCCUGAGUCAGGAGGAGAAAGGGCCCAACAUCAGAGUCCUAGAAAGGAAUGGGAGGACUGGAAGGCAGAACGCGAUGGCAGUGAGCUGGAACAAGAAGAGGGGGUGCAGGGCUCCCCCCUUUACCCCAGCAGUAACAGGUGGCUGCCCACAGAACACCGCUGUGCCUCUUUGCUGCUCUUUCAAUGGAGAAUUACACACAGCUCCCUCUGGAUAGCACAGGUGCUCAGCCUGGUUGCCUUCGUCCUUCUGCUGGUCACGAUCUUCUCUAAAAAAUGGCUGCACCUCCCUGGGAGCCGCUACUACCAGCGCUGGCCCAUGAAUCUCAGCAAUAGAAUCUAUACAUCGGCUCUUAUUAUGUCCACGGGGCUCCUGCACUUCUGCAGUUCCAAGAGCUGUUCCAACUUAGAGAAUGAGAACGUCACCUGCAUUUUCUCCACCCUCUUGUUUUUCCCCAUUAACCUCUGGAUCUUUGAGUUGGAGGGGAACGUAUCAAUCCCCAUUGGCUGGAGCUAUUUCAUCGGUUGGUUGGUGUUUGUCCUGUAUGUCAUCUGCGCGAUCAUUUGCCACUUCAACCAUAAAAGUUUCUGGAGUCUGACUCAACAUCCCUGUGGCACCGUGUCGGGCAGCAGCAGUGCCACCUCCAUAGAAGAAUCUCUGAGUGAGCAGACUGUCACGGACUCCUCUCUCACCCCGGUGGAGGAAGUCCUGGGUCAUGAGUGA